AUGGGUCGCGAUUUUCGUACGGUUCUCACUAUUUUCAUUCUCGUUUUCUUUCUUCUUUCUUUCUACUGCACCCACAUAUUCUUUAUCGAAAAAUCCUCGGGCAAUGGAGAAAACCCGGAUCGGAAAAAGCCACUGAUCUUCGAAAAAUUGAGAUAUUUGCUAGCACCCAAGACUUUCAAGAACCGAGAAAAUUCAAGAAUAAACGGCAAACUCAUUUGUUUUUCUCCUUCACCUUCACCUUCACCUUCACCUUCACCUUCGCCUUCACAUUCACAUUUGGCAAUAUUGCCUUCUCAGGCGGCACGAGCUCCUCAUCCACCAUGGCACCACCAUACUCCGCCAGCUGUACACGAGAAAAAACGAGCAAAGGGCGCCAAAACAUUGGUUCUUACAGCAGCCAUUGUCUCGGGUGUUGUUUUGACAGCUUGUUUGUUAUGUUCGUUCGGUUUUUUCUUGAGAUUCAAGAAAAAACAGAGGAGGAAACAGAGAAGAAAACAGAGGAGUAAAAACGUGUCGAAGCUUGUAAAUAGCUCGGUAAAUAAGGUAAACAGCUCUGAACAUUUUUACCUCGACUCGUUAGAAUCCGCUUUACAAGAAGACGACGAUUUGUGUCGGUUUAAACCGAGCCCUAUGAUCGAAAAAUCGAGCUCCAACACAAAACUCGUGAAAUUAGAGAGUGGCAUUUCGAGCUUGGAAAUAGAUAACAUUGUUACUGAGGAAGCUCAUUCAUCCGAUGAAGAAUCUUUCCAUUCUUUUGCCGAUUCGCAAUCGUUCGAGCCAAGAAUAUCCAAUGCGUCGGAAUCUUCUGUUAAUAAUCCACUCGAAACCUUAAAAUCGGAUAGAGUUGAAGAACCUUAUUUUUCGCCAACGAAAAAUUUGCCGCCUUUGCCGCCACCUGUUCCUCCUCCUCCACCGCCACCACAUCAGCAUCCGGUUUUGCCAGCUGGACCUCCGGCGCCACCUCCUCCGCCUCUUCUCGGUCAAAAAGUGGCGCUAGGGAAAAACGGGUCUCCAUUGCCGAAGCUAAAACCGCUUCAUUGGGACAAAGUCAGAGCCGGGCCUGACCGGUCAACCGUGUGGGACCAAAUGCGGUCGAGCUCGUUCGAGUGA